GAGAGCGGAAAAAUUUAAAAAGUGCUUUUUACCGAGAGGACUAAGGUACGCAUGCGUCAAAGAAUAUAUCCAUACGGCUGCAAUAAUUUCGGACGCGUCGGCGCCAGAACGAUUCGCGCAUGAGCGUUUCACCGUUUGGUGAUUACGACCGAGCUAUUUUUCUUUUUUUUAUUUUUGGUUUUCCGUGUACUGUCACCUUGAGCUAAAAUGGUGGCGAUAUCAUCCGCGCGCGAGCUGCCCAAAUCGGGUUAAAUUAUUCCGCCGAAAAAACAUCACGGACAAACAACGGCGUUGAGAUCUUCCGAUUACGCCUGCAGGAGCUUUUCUACUUCAAAAGUAAUUAACAUAAAUGCAGGAUGUCAAUUAACGAGUAUCCUUCGACGCGAGGAACCUUAUGCACGUCGACAAAUUGAUAAGGUCUUUGGGAGGUAAUUCAAAAACUGAAUGAAGAGAGCUUCAACGGUCGGCUUCAAUUAACAUCUCAGCCAUACCUAAAUGAUCAAAGGAGCGAUUUGAUUCAGAUCGGAACGAUCGAACGCAGCGACGAAAUGAACAUGGAGGAAAUACUUCGGAAUGUAUUCGGACCAGGUGUACUAGCCGAGGAAAGCUCGGCGAAGGAUACCAAAGAUCGCGGAAAGCUUCCGGUGAAAUCGAGCUAUGCGAGGGUGGUUCGGUAUCUUGGAACGGCAAAUGAUUACAUGAAAAUGGUGCUGACGGGUGGAACGGAGUCUGCGUCAUCGUCAAUGGUGGAGGAGGACCCGAGACCCGGUCGAAUAGGGCCGAGAAUUGUGCGUUUCGACGUCUCCACACACCACGGUCUCUUCAUCGUAUCUCCCGAUAGAUUGAGCGUCAAUUCUCAGAGUAACUUUAGCACGAUGAGGGCAAACGUCGGUCUGUUCGCUGGCAAGUGGAUGUACGAACUCCAGCUAGGCUCGAAGGGAGUCAUGCAGGUGGGCUGGGGAACGGCUCAGUGCAAGUUUAGCCAAGAGUCAGGCGUCGGCGACACCAUAAACUCGUAUGCCUACGACGGGAACCGGGUUCGAAGAUGGAACGUAACCACCCACAAGUAUGGGGAGCCCUGGCUCUCCGGGGAUAUAAUCGGCUGCGCUCUAAACCUUGACGAUGGGGACGUGGAAUUCUACAGAAACGGAAGGUCGAUGGGAAAGGCGUUCGAGGGAAUCUGUACGGGUGCUGGAAUGGCCUACUUUCCCACCGUCAGCUUGGCGUUUACCGAAAAUCUGACGGCAAACUUUGGCUCGACACCUCUCCGCUACCCGAUUGAAGGAUAUGAGACUCCUCAGGCAUCCCCAGCCGAUCAAGUCAGCCAAGCAAAUCUUCUCUUCGAGUGGCUCAGGAAGGUGAUACUUCUGAUCGACAGUGGACGUGAGUCCAUGGUCGAAGACAAUGAUGACGAAGAGGAUAAAGAACCCUUUUCCGAGACCAUGAGCUGCAACGCUUUUCUCGCCUCUUUAGCAAGAGCUAUCCUCAAAUAUCUAGGAUCACUUUUGUCGAUACCCUACGUGACAGAGGCCGUCUUCGUCCGGUUUCUGAGGGAGCUGUCUGGCAGUAGCAAAGGUCCGGUAAAAGGCGCCGAUUCGAGUCGCGUCAGAAUCUGCCUCGACCUUCUUUGGACUUUCCUGGAGGACGGAGAGAUGAAGUCCUGCCUUGAGAGUACCGUGGUCUACCUUCUCUCUUCAUUUCGGCACGUAUCCCUUCAACUCGAGUAUCCUGACCAGUGCAGGAGCCUGAUUCUUCUAACGAAUCUCUGCCAGCACACUGCGACCAGGCAACAUCUUUUGCAGCACAUCCUCUUCGACAGGGUUCGCUUUGCUAACUUCGUCCAUGUUAAGCCUCUGGAUGAGAGCGGACUCGCGGAGGUCGUCGGUAGUACUUGGUGGGAGACUGAUCCCGUUGAUGCCGCCGUAGAAGUCAAUAGGAAGCAGUAUCUUCACGCCUGUGAUCGCAUCAAGAGUGCUAUUUCCGAGGUCGAGGCACUUCAGGUUGAGCUGCUUGUCACGCUACUGGAUAACAGUGACGGAACUCCAUUAUCGCCUACGUCGCGAACAAUCUUCCUCAAGAAGUUUCGCCGUUUUGUCCAAGAGAACUUGAUCUCAAGUCGCUCCGAAUUCCUACAGACGAUGCCGGUGCUCCAGACUCCGCUUCCCAUUACCCUUUGCUGCUUCCACCGACUGCUGGUUGCCUUCAGGGUACUGUGGGACGCAGAAAUCGCUUCGCAUCCAGUAUACGUGCCGUGCAGAGCCUUUUACGACGCAUCUAUAAAUUUCGCGGGGAUAGACAGACUGGGUGGGGUCCUUUCGCACCUGAACAAAACCUACAAAAACGAGCUUCUGCAUCUGCUCGGUCCCGAACACGAGGUGCUAGUUGCAAUGGAGCAGGCGCAAGAUCCGUCGAAUGCUUUUUCUGGUGGACCAAUGCGUUUAGGUGAACUUCCUCUUGCAAUCCCCACCUUCGCACGGAUGGUAACAGUCAAUUCUUCGGGCCCGGCGAGUCCCAUGAUCCUGGAAAGGCUUGGCUACUUCCCUUACAGCCGGGAGGAUAGGACACCGUUGCGGCUGGGGCCGGCCAACCCUGCGACAUCCCUCCUAGAGCUCCUCGAUGGGAUAAUCCUGUUUUAUCACGUCGCGGCGAAGAGACAGAUUGCUAAGGUCGCCAGCCUUCGUGAAAGCAUGUCCGAGUACAUCACUGCAAUGGCCGAAGUCAAGGCUCGUCUUGAGAUUACCAGGAAGCAGCCCAAGGACCCUGAUGCUGUUGCGAUGAACCGCGAACUCGCAAGGACAAUGGUGGUCUUCGACACUAAGCUCGCCGAACAGGCAAGGCACAUGGCGUGGGUCAGGGCGGCCGUUUACUCCAAGGAAAAACAAGCGCAGCUUGCAUGGUUGCUGAGGGUGGUCACCUUGACUCUAAUGUCCGCUAGUGAGGAGGGCAACAUGUUCAGCUUCGUGCCUGACUUCUAUCUCGAGGCCAUGACCGACCUCAGUGUUGGUAUCAGGAAUCAUGUACAUCCAACCGCCCCAAUUGAAGACAUUCCUGAGUAUCAAGAGAUGCUAGUCGAGGUUGCACGGUUCCUCUGUGAUCACUUCCUCGAUCCCCGAAUUAUUCACGCGAAUGCAAAGGACACCCUCAUCCUCACCCUAGCCGGAUACGUUUCAAACUCUCUGACUCUUGGACCCCUCGAAAGAGUCCCGCUCGAGUCAAGAGUCAAAGUCGUAAACAGUCUUUUACGGCCCUAUGAGAACAGAGCUUGGGCUCAGUCCAACUGGGUUUUAGUCAGGUUCUGGCAGGGCUGCGGGUUCGCUUUCCGAUACGACAAGAGCCCACAUCUCGCGAAAAAGAUCGGACCUAAGAUGCUUCAGCAAGAGUCAAUAUCGCAGCCUAUAAAGCCAUGUCCAUCUUCGAUAUACCAGGCUCAUGUAAGGGACGCUCUUUUGUCAAAUCCGACAGCAACGACCCAGUUUUUGAACUCGCUUCUGAACCAGCUCAACUGGGCUUUUUCGGAGUUCAUUGGGAUGCUGCAGGAGAUCCAAAACGUGUCUUCGAGACCGGAACGCGUCCUGAUCGAGUCACGUCAACUUAAAAUAUGCGCAACCUGCUUCGAUCUGGCCAUCUCUUUACUGCGGGUACUGGAGAUGAUUGCUACUCUGGCACCCGGUGUUUUUACAGACGAUUCUCAAGCCUCCAGUGAAAAUUUACUUGCCAGACUGUGCCAGCUGCUGUGCCAAAUACUGAAUCGUGUCAGCUCGCAGUCCGGUUGCUUUCAGCACGUUGUGCUACUCGAUAUUCCAGACUUGGAAACUGUUGACCACUUCCCAAUUCUUGCCGCAGUUGUUGGAAUUCUGCUGAUUUUGCUCAAGGAGGACAUAUCGACUUUCAAAACCGGACGCAGAGAAAUUCCAAAAGUAACUAGAGCCCUACUUACUGAGCCCAGCUUCCAAAUUGGUUCGCUUUACUUUAUCCUCGGAGAUUUGAAGCCGAAGAAUCAGAAGAUCAAGAACAUAAAGCCAUUUUGCCUUCAAAACUAUAAAGAGGACGUCACCGAACAAGAGAUAAACAGUGUAAGGGAUAUGCUGAGAUACUUAGACCUGAAUCGAACAAUGUUAACUGAGACUAAAGUAUUGUCCGACGACGAAAAUAUUUGUACAAUUUGUUACGCGUAUAUGAUCUCUGCGAUAUUCAAACCAUGCAAUCACCGUUCAUGCCGAGCCUGUAUCGCUCAUCAUCUAUUGAACAGUAGAGAAUGUUUUUUUUGCAAAGCUACCAUAGAUCAAGUCACAGAUCUUGACGGGGAAUUUUUACAUGAUUUCACUAGUGACUACUUGCUUGAAAAGAUCACCACUGACAGAUCUUGAAUUUCGUGGUGUUUUGGUAAAAAGUAGGGCAGCAUGUUUAUAAAUUGUGUGCAAAAAACAAACUCAUUCAAGCGUACAAUUUCACAUAUCGUUUUUUUUACAUUUCAUGACUGGUUUGACGUGGGUAUCGUUGCAAAUAUUGUUUAUAAAUUAGAAGAGCAAAAAUAAAUUUUACCCACCAAGGUACUCGAGCAGCAAUCAAUAAUUCCUUUCAGCGUUGCAAAGAAAAUUGGUGAAUAAAACUCAGAGUGAUAAAAGGUAAAU